CAUACAUCCCUAUAGCAAACCAAGCAAGAAUUUGGGAAAUCCUAUUUUUCGUUAGAAGUCCCUUGUGGAAGUGUGGAACCAGUGUUAACGGUUUAGCUCCUUUUUGACCGGGCAGCCAGAUCCGAAACCCUACCAUUUUCCGACCACCCCUCCAUUGUUUGCGUCUCCGUUUCUCCGCAGUUGCUCUCUUGCAGGAUAGAAAAAUAAAUAUAAAAUGCUGGUCAAAGGUAGGAAAGUUGCUGGCAAGGGGGAGACAGUGGCUGCACAUUAUGCUUUUGGCCAGUUUGAAGAUGAUGUGAUCAUAAAGCACAGACUUCUAACUCGCACAACAACCACUAGGGGUGAACCGCCACUAAAGAAACUUCAAAAGAAGUUCACUGCUUUUGCUGUGGAGGUAGAGAAGGAAGCUGAUAACUUUGGUGACUGUGAAAGACUUUCCAAGGCUUUCUUGCAGGAGCUAAACACUUUCGAGAUUCCACUCCUAAAAAGCAAAGCAGUCAUUGAUUCAAAUGUUAGGGAGAAGGAGAAUUUCAAUGACCUGAACAGUGAAAUUAACAGGCAGAUUUUACAGGCCCAAGCUGAUAUAGAAGAUCUGAAGAAACAACUUGAAGAGAGCAAGAUAGAGAGGCAGCACAAAGAGGAGUGUGAGGCAAUUAGGAAGUUGAUCGCAAUGCAGCCACCCAGAUCAGAAACCCAAAAAGUUAUCACAGAUCUAGAGAAGGAGAUUGCAAAUUUAGAGGCAGAGAACACUGCUAGUUCAAGAACAUUGGAGCUGCGCAAAAAGCAGUUUGCUCUUUUGUUACAUGUGGUUGAUGAGCUGCAAAACACAAUCGAGGAAGAGCAAAGGAGUUUGGUUGAGGAGAUGAGGGCAGCAAUGGAUGAUCAUAAGAAUGGGGUGGAGGAUACUGGUGCAGUUCCAGAAGCAAUGGCUGUAGAUUAAGGAGUAAGGUGCAACAAAAGCUUCAUAGCAUAAGUAUGCAGUUGGCAUAAAAGGGAGCGCAAACCUUCUCCAAAGAUGCAAUUGUGGCGUCUACCUGCGGCGCAUAACUAGCUCUUGAAUGCUGCUUUUGCUAGAAAAUGACUGUUGAGAAUAGUUGCUCUUCACAAUGAGUUUGUAAACCUGUGGUAUACUUUUGUCUCUAAACGAAUGAUAGAAUGAGUUGUCACUAGAAAUGUGUUGUUUUUAAGUAUGUAGGGACCCAACCUUUGAAGUUCCUCAGCUGCAUCUUCUACAUCUUUGGUUCUCAUGGUAGCAUUGCGAUGUACCCAUUCUCUCCUC